AUGGCUCCCUGGGGCUCGUGGGACCCAGAGCCCCCUUCCGAGGCGAACAACGUCGUGACUGGUAGGGAUUUCACCGUUGUCGACCUCCCAACCGAUAAGAUCAAUGAGCGCGAGUACGGUACAGUAUCGCCUGCGUUCGCCGAACGCAAUGCCCGCAAGGACUUCAGGGACCUGUACUCCCCAGAGUACCCGUACGCCCCAGGGUACUCUCCCUUCCAGCCCCCCGGUCCCCCUCGCGAAGUGCCUUGUCUUGGGUGUACGAUCCACAUGAUGGUUGGCGGGUUCCGUGGCCUCUGCCGCGAUCGCCUGGCUAACGCAAACGGAGAAUGCUUUUGCUGUGUUGUCAGAGGAAUUGAAUGUGAAGAGGUUCCUGAGGCUGCCUUCAAAGCAGUCUACGAGCUCCAGACUUGUGCGCGCAAGAUGGAUGAGGGCCACGAGAACACGGACUGGAAGAAUCUCUGCAACAGAGUCGACCUCGCCCUUCUGAAAGCAAGACUUCCCUCGUUCCCCCGCCAGGAUACGAACAACUACUGGGACGGAAACAACCAUGUUGAGGAGGUCGCCAAUGGCAAAGUCAACCAGGUCCACAAUGGCAAAACCGGAUGGGGCGGCAGCGACAACAUCGAUGUCAACGCCAACGCCAACCAGGUCAACAUUGCUAAGACCUACUGGAAUGACGACAGCAGCACCAACUGGAACGUCAAUGAGAACGUCAAUGUCAAUGCCGACACCAGCCAGGCCGGCAACAACAGGCCCGACUGGGACGACACCGGCGUCGCCCGCUGGAACACCACUUGGGAUAGCAAACGCAACACCAACUGGGGCGAUGACAGCGACAGCGACAGCGACAAGGUCCUAGGCAUCGAGACCACCCCUACUUCCGAAAUCGACAACGACUGUGAUGACGAAAGCGACGACGUUCAGGAUCCGAUCCAGCUCACUCCCGAGUUUUCUUCCGCUGAUAAGAUCAUCUCCGCCAUCGACCGCAACACCGACGUUGUGGCCGAUCUCUGCGAGAUCAUGGAAGGCCUCAAGAGCAGCCUGGAGGUUCUUCACGAAGACAAUGUCCAGAGCAAGAAGUUGCUGCAGAAGCUGUUGAACGAGCAGCGGACUCUGUGUGAUAAGCAGACGUAA